AUGUCACCACUUCGUCUAGAAGCACAGGAAGGGGCACGCAACUUCUUUGUGUGGUGUGAGGAGUAUGCAAAGCUAUGUAAAGUGGAUCGUAUGUGGGAGAUAGCUAUGAUGGUGGUAUGGCAGGCCUGGAAUAUGCGGAAUAAAUGGGUUUUUGAAAAAAGAAAGGAAGAUCUUGGGAGGGUGUGCUCGAAGAUGCUGACUUACUUAGGGGAGUUCGAGGCAGCAACAGUAAGAGGACAACACCAGUUAGAGAGAGGAGCUGUACCUAACGCAACAUGGAAACCCCCACAAAGCACUUUGUAUAAACUGAAUACUGAUGCAGCUGUGCCAAAGGUGGGAGCAAUCGGGUUGGGGAUGAUUGUAAGGGAUGGAAUUGGUGACGUGAUGAUGAGUGGGGGACGAAACAUAGAAGGGAAUAUGGGUGCCCUGCAGGCGGAGGCUGAAGGUGUUCGCUUUGGGAUGAAACUUGCUUUUGAAGCAGGACUACGGUCUAUAGAGAUGGAGUCAGAUUGCUCUUUGCUGAUUGAUAUGCUCCAGGGAAAGAGGAAAGAAGUCACGGCUGCACAGGUGGUAGUCAAUGACAUUGUUAGUUUAGCAAGUUCUUUUGAUAAUUGUAUUUUCAGCUUUGCUAGACGUACCUGUAAUGUAGUAGCUCACUCCAUAGCUAAGGCAGCCCUUCACUUUGAAGAGCCCUUGAAAACUUAUCUCGACUUGUUGUAUGGCUUGUAUCUGGACUCUGGAGCAGUACAACCUGAUGCGGAGAUGCUUCUUCUUGUUCAUACAGAGAUGCCUCUUUUUGUUCAUACAGAUUACAGAGAUGCUUCUUCUUGUUCAUACAAUCGUGCCGCGUGCCAAAGUGAGUUACUGUUACUCCUUGAUCUACUUACAUAG